CUGGCGUGUGAUUACCGAUUUUGCUAAAUUGUUACAUUUGUCAAUAAUUAUUAAUGUUUUUAAGGCCGUUUAAUAUAUCAAUAUAACGAAAUUAUUGAUUAUAUUAAAAUUUCAUCUGAUACAAACAGAAAACAAAACAAAUUAAAGUGGUGUUUUUAAUAUAUCAUGUGAAUAUCGUGUAUUGAAUUUGAACGUUACUAAAAUCGAGCUUUAAUGAAUAAUAAUAUGAGUGCCCAGCAGAGCCCGGCUAAUAUGCAGGCUGUCGUAGAUAGAGAAAAGAUUUACUCGUGGAUUUUGGAACUUUGUAAUCCCGAAACUCGUGAGAAUGCUCUUUUAGAACUAAGUAAAAAACGUGAAGUUGUACCAGAUUUGGCGCCUAUGCUGUGGCACAGUUUCGGUACAAUUGCAGCACUUUUACAAGAAAUUACCAACAUCUACGUGGCUAUGAUACCACCUACACUUACAGCUCAUCAGAGUAACAGAGUUUGCAAUGCGUUAGCAUUAAUGCAGUGCGUCGCAUCUCAUCCAGAAACGAGGUCUGCUUUCCUUCAAGCACAUGUGCCAUUGUUCCUCUACCCUUUCCUUCACACUGUUUCUAAAACUCGUCCAUUUGAAUACCUGAGACUAACUAGUUUAGGUGUAAUUGGAGCUCUAGUGAAAACUGAUGAACAAGAAGUGAUAACUUUCCUCUUAACCACUGAGAUUAUACCAUUAUGUUUACGCAUUAUGGAAAAUGGCUCAGAAUUGUCAAAAACUGUGGCAACCUUUAUAUUGCAGAAAAUUUUACUAGAUGACAGUGGUUUGAGCUAUAUUUGUCAAACCUAUGAUAGAUUUUCACAUGUAGCUAUGAUUUUAGGAAAAAUGGUUUUAUCUCUAGCCAAAGAUCCAUCUGCAAGGUUGCUAAAACAUGUGGUACGAUGCUACCUCCGCCUUUCAGACAACCCGAGGGCUCGUGAAGCAUUAAGGCAGUGCCUUCCAGACCAAUUACGGGAUGCAACAUUUACAGCAUGUCUUCAAGAAGAUAAUUCCACCAAACAUUGGUUAGCACAAUUGAUUAAGAAUCUGGAAGCCCAGCCGCCACCCGCAAGUCCAGCCCAACAGAAUAUGUGAGAUUUAAAUAUACAUAGGUUUUCUCAUUACAAAGUUUUUAAAAUGUAAAAAAAAUUACAUUUUAUGCUAUUGUAAAGGUUAACCUAUACCUGUGAUCAAAAGUGAUUACAACUUACAAAACUUUCAAUUAAAUAUGUUAUAGUGCGAUAAAAGAAUAGAAACUCUCAAGCCUUUUUGUUCUCAUAAUUUUUUACUGUCAUAUAGGUAUAGUUAACAUGUGCCUGAAUGUGCAAAUUCAAAACAAUAAGUGUUUUUAUCCUAUAGCUAUGAAUUAAAUAAAAUAUUCUAGAUAAAAAUUAUAUGAAUUUGCACUGUUUAACUUGUCUUUGCUAGUAUAUCUUAUUAAUUGACAUACAAAUAAUUUUAUAGUAUUAAAACAAAGAAAUAUCAAUUAGCCACAUGUUGCAAUCAAUGUAUUAUUUUUCUAGGUAUAAAACAAGAUGAAAGCACUAAUUUUGUAUGCAGUAGUAGAGUGGACUACUAAUAAAAGUUUUCAUAUUGAAAUAUUUAGUCUUUUAAUUAAUAUCUUAUGGUUAUGAGGGUGUGAUAAAUAGUUGCUACAUAAGAGACAUAUUACUAGUAGUAAAAUAAGCAAUUAAUGUUAAAUGUAUUAAUUCACCAACUUGUAAAGGCAAAUAGCUAUGCACGGACAGGGUAAACAUGUAAGCUGACAACAAAAUACAUUCAUACAAUGUCUUUUGCAGUUGGUAAUAAUUUAUUUAAUUAAAUAUUACUUUCGAGUCUAGUUAUGUAUCCUCUCCGUGCAACACUGAAUUGUGGCAGCUUUGCACUACUAAAUCAAUGUGUAAAUUAAAUGUAAAAUCAUGUCAACCUUGUGUGUAGUGAUGUAAGUAACUAUGUUGUGUUCUAAUUACUAUAAACCUGAUAUUGUAACCUAGCAAUAUAAAUAAUAUAUCAUUAAUGUAAUAAAUGGGAUAACCAAUUGAUAUACAAAAAUAAUUUAUUUAAAUAUUGUAAUAGUUAGAAAUCUGGACCUCUAAUAGGAUAAUUUGAUAAAGCCCAGUGCUUUGCGCUAACAUAUCUUAAUUUUAAAGGUUUUGAUAUAACUGACUUCUCUACAUGAAUUUCAAAAUCUUCUUCAUUCAAAAUAGGUUUUGUUGUUAUCUUCUUUUUCAUUCUAUUUGAAUCAAUGCUAUCUUUUAUUUUUAUUGCAGUUUUAGACUUUGAUUUAAGAGUGCUACUUUUUAAUAUUCUAUUAUCUAUAAAUUGAGUUCCACAGCUUAUUGUCUCUAUACACUGUGUACAAGAUUUAUCUAAAAUCGAGUAGUUCUUUCUGUCUAAAGUUUGUAUUUCUUUAGAGCUCCAUUUCGCAUUAAGGCACUUACAAGGUAAGCGAUGAUCUCGUUUAUGGAUUAAAGUCACGCAAUUGUUAUCACACCUUAAAGGUCCAGAGAAGAGAGUGUUAAUAGAUGAAUGGACUAAAUUCUUUUUAGUUUGCUUAUCACCAAUUCUCAAUCUAGGUGUUACAGGGCCAGUUAUAUGUGGUGCAUCAAAUUUAUUUGUUUUCUUCUUCUCUGUUUGUAAAUUUUGUUUUGGUUUAACAUUAUUCCUUAUAAUUGGGGUUUUGUUGCCUGAUUUUUCUAAAAAUGUCACCUUUCUACUGUCAUUGGAUGGUGGCUCUACAAUAUCAUGGCAAAGUUUUCGAGCUACGACAGACAUCUGUAACUUUUUGUAAUAAAUGAAUAAUAUUAUAAACCUUAAGUUAUUAACAGGUUAAACAUUGUAAUGGUUUUAAAGUGAAUGCUAAAAUUUUAACCUACAUUUUAAAAUAUAUUGAAUAUUGUUGUCAGUAUAUUUUUGUGAUGUCAAAUCUUUACUAAGUACAACCUCUUUGUAUAAGAUUGGUUUGUAAACUAUAAAAACAAAAU